GACGGACCGCAUUUCGUCCCCUCUUCAACUCUCCCAGCGCCUACGACCCCAUUUCGAACCCUUGAGCCAAAAACGAGUUUCCGGCAUCGAAACUCUUCUUUCUGAAGCCUUCUUUCACCUUACGCAUCCGUUCCGAUACUACGCGCGCGGCGACCCGAUAACGCGCCGACGACCGAAGCCCACGACUCGUCGCAACCGCACCACCAUACCGCGCCACCCACUGCCCGAGAGCCAGAGUGAAAUAAUCGCCGCUCGUCGUCUCCCACAACUGGGGGCAGUCCGGCGCUACAAAUCGCACCUUUAAAGAAGCCGUGAUCCCGAGAGAUUCACAGCGAGGUGCCUUUCAAGCGUCUGGAACAAUCGCUCGUCUCCAAUCACCCCGCCCAUGAGUCACCUCCUCUGGACAAGUUACUGGCAAGACAAUGUCGACCAGUUUCGACGUCUAUUGGCUCCGGCCAGCACCAACAAUAUCGGGGCCAGGAGUCCGGCGAUAGGACAUGGUUCAAGUCACGUCGCCGCCAGCCCCGGCGGGUUUGGAACGCCACCUCGCGGAGGCAAGGCCCGGAAGUCGACGGCUUUCACACCUGCGCAUGGCAGAUCCAAGGAUGGUGGCAGCGCUUUUGGCCGGAACGAAAUAAAUAGUCGCGACCAUGCUGGUUUAACCUUGUUACUGCGCGCAGCCUCGUCAACUGAUCCGAGUGCCCACGAGUUCGUCGAGGCUCUGCUGGACCAUCCGGCCAUCGAUAUUUAUGUGCAAGACCACGAGAGCGGCUGGAAUGCUUUGCACAGGUCAUUAUAUGCUGGAAACGUGUCCAUCGCACGCGCUUUGUUGGCAAAGGAACGCGGCGACCUGACGAACCAUGCGCUCUCCGUGGGCAAAGUCGGCCAUCUAAUCAAGACCAAGGACAACGAAGGUCUCAGCCCGUUUGAUCUUUACAACUCUACCAUCGCUUCCCGGUCGCUGAAGACCAGGAAUGAAGUUCUCGGAUCAGACGAUGGGACAGCUAGUAUAGACAGCGACGACGAGCCUUCUCAAGGCAAUGCCGGCGAUCCUCACGGAGCCUCGGCCCCUACCGAAGGUGGCGAAUUUUUCGUGUUUGGGAGCAACAAAAAUGUCUCGCUGGGCGUUGGGGACGGAGAUGACCGGCAGUUCCCAGAGCGUAUCAUACUCCAUCGGCCCGAGGAGCUCUUGCACCGCUUCCACCAAGCAUACCUGGAAGAACACGAUAUGGAGUCCUCUCAGUCUUUACCGGACCUGGAAGGGAUUCCAACUCUGCUACGCAACAAGCCCCUCAUCAUCCAAGACGUUGUCAUGUCUAAGCUGCAUACUGCAGUCGUAACGACAGACCCCGUGUCGAACUUGUAUGUCUGCGGAGUCGGGAGAUUGGGUAGGUUGGGUCUUGGCGACGAAAACACGCAAUUCAAAUUCGUGCCGGUGCAAGGCCCGUUCUCCGAUCGAACAGUGCGACACGUCGCUCUUGGCCAAAAUCAUUCCAUGGCUGUUGCGGGAAACGGCGAGCUCUGGACAUGGGGAUCGAACGAGGAUUCGCAGCUUGGUUACAUAUUGCCCUCUCCGAUCCGAUCCGACGAGGAGCCCGUGAGCCUCACACCUCGCCAAGUCUUUGGACCACUAAAAAAGGAAAUUGUGUUGGGCGUUGCCGCAUCGGCAGUCCAUUCAGUGGCCUUUACGAACUCGGCUCUUUAUUGCUGGGGGCGUAACCUAGGGCAACUAGCCUUGAUGGACGCCGAUUCACGGACACUCGCAGUUCAACCGAUUCCAAGGAAGGUCGCGGCGUCACUGCUUUCAGCACCUAUUGACAUGGUAUCUGCUAUCGACAAGGCUACUACUUGUCUCCUGUCAAACCACACCGUCUGGGUUUUUACCAAUUACGGUUACAACCUUGUCAAGUUCCCCGCGCCCGAUAUCCUCACCAACCAUAACUUGAUAGUUUCAUCCUUCUCAAACCGAUAUGACUCUGGCCGAAAAGACAUUCGUUUCAUUGCCUCUGGCUGUGACACCAUUGCGGUGGUCACAGCCCGUGGUGACUUAUACACCAUGCAACUCAACCACAAGGCGGAUGCGAACCCCCCAGCAGGCUCUACAACUAAUCCGGUCAAGAUCAGAGGAGCCGUGACGCAACCUCAAUGCAUUUGGGAUUCGAGAAAAGACGGUGUUGCCUCUGUCAGCAUUGGCGAACACGGCUCCGUCAUCAUCAGCACACAGUCCGGUGCCGUUUGGAAAAGAGUCAAGCGGUCCAAGGGAAGUACAGCCGCAUUUUCGAAAUCGGGUGCGAAGAAGAAGGAUUUCAAGUUUGAGCGUGUCCCGUAUAUCACUGGUUGCGUCAAGGUGCGAAGCUCUACUUUUGGGGCUUUUGCAGCAGUUAGGAAGGACAUAAGUGUUAUGUCUGAGGAGAUACGCGUGGACGACCAGACUCUGUGGAAGGACAUGGCUUCGCUCCUGAGCCUACGAGGUUUCUCCGCGACCGAGUCCGCAAUGGCGCCUUCAGGUCCUCUCAAGGCUUGGCAAGCGGCUAUUGCGAGAGAGAAGCCGGGAUCUGUUUCUCACGAGAUUCUUCGAAGCCAGAACCUCGAAGAAGACCUGGCCCAGUGGCUACACGCUAGUCAAUCUCGAUUCGACAGCUUCGACACCGAGAUACGGACAGCUACAUGCCCGGAAAUUCGAAUUCCAGUCCAUGGCUGGAUUCUGACCGGUCGCAGCCCUGUGUUGCGUGAGUCGUUGUCCCGGCAGCGCCGUACUGGCACCACAGAUCACUCCGAUGCCUUUGUCAUUGAGAGGCUCAACGGGAGACAGGUCGUCACAUUGCCGGGCGUUGACAUUCUCACCGUUCUGAACAUCGUGGUGUUCGCCUACGAGGACAACAUCGUUCCUGUAUGGAAGUACACCCGAGAGUCACCGUCGGAGGCAUACAGAUUUCGACAGGUUCGGAUCGAGUUGAUGAAGUUGGCAACAAGCUUGCGCAUGCCGAGACUUGAGACGGCUGCGCGGCUGCAAGCCGCUAUAGAGCCGUCGCUGGAUGCCGACAUGAAAGCAGCUGUCGCCGACCCUGACUUUUUCGACGACGGCGACAUCAUUGUGCAGCUGGACGGCGCUGAUGUCAUUGCUCAUGGCCAAGUCUUGUGCCAGAGAUGUCCCUUUUUUGAGGGCAUGUUUAAUGGACGCUCCCAGGGGCAGUGGCUUGCAGAUCGCCGCACUGGCUCGAUGACCAUGGACAGGCUUCAGAUCGACCUAAAACAUAUUCGCCCAGAGACCUUUGAAUAUGUCAUGGAGUACCUUUAUGCGGAUGUCGGCCAGGAGAUGUUUGACAACGUUGCACUCCCUAGCAUUGAUGACUUCUCAGAGCUUGUCCUAGAUGUUAUGGGUGUUGCCAACGAGCUCAUGCUGGAUCGACUCUCGCAAAUCUGUCAGGCUCUGAUCGGGAAAUUUGUUACGACGCGGAACAUUGGCAACCUCCUCAAUGAGAUCAGCGCCUGCGCGGUGUCAGAGUUCAAAGACGUCGGCCUCGAGUACAUCUGCCUGCAGCUAGAAUGUAUGCUGGAAAACCACCUUCUUGAUGGCCUCGAUGAUGACCUCGUGGCGGAACUGGAUGAAGUCGUCCGGGACAAUCAACUGGCUCGUCUACCAUUCGCCAAAAGCGGACGAGCCGACGCCCAACUUCAUGACAAAUAUCCAGACUUGGCAAUCGACAUCGAGGAAGAGCGCCGCCGGCGGGUGAAAGAGAUGGCUUUCAAGCUGUCUCAGAGAGAAGAUGACAAAAAACUGUCAUCAUCUUGGAAAGCCCGCGUCGGCAGCCUGGAUGAAUCAAUUGCCGGAACCCCUACGCCCGAAAGGGUUCGUCAGAGAUCCCGUGCCGGUCGCAACGAGCCCUUCAGCCCCAAUCUACGACCCAAGGAAACUCAGGGAGAUAUGAUCUUCGACAUGGACGAUGACGAGGCAGCUAAGCUUGGUGGCUCGACUUCUCCACCAUACACUCGCCCUCGCGCCGAACAGAAACAAUCUGCGGAUGUGGAUGGCAUCUUGCAGCUUCCUGAGGGGUGGCGAAGUGCAGGUGGUUUGUCUGCUGGCAACUCUGGCAAGCCCACGCCAUCGAGCCUAUCACCCGCUCAGACCCCAAAUGCCGCCCCAACAAAAGUCUGCGAUGUGCCCCCUCUGCAGCUCGGUACACCGUUUAGGAAAGUCAGCGGCCCUUGGGCAGCCCCGACCGUUCCCUCUUCGAAGUUGGACCUGAAGGAUGCUUUAUCCCAGGAGCCAGGUAAAUCUGCCCUUACUGCUGGCUUGGCUGCGCAGGCUGGGAAGAGUGUCGCCUCGGCUAGGACGCAACCCAAGAUGUCCCAAAAAGAGCGGAAGAGACAAUUGCAGUUACAGGCAGAGGCUGAGGCUGCAGCCCAAGACGAUAAGACGAAGCAGACUGCUUGGGAGAAAGUCACGUCGGAAGCCCGUGCACCGCCAUGGAAGGCGGCAGCUCCGAUUCCCAAGGCAUCGUUGCAAGAGGCAAUGUCAAUGGAGGCUGCGCGUACUGCACCAGUGAAGACUAAACCCCUGGUCGCAUCCGAAGCUGAGCACAGUCGGAGAAGAACAGCCUCGCCCGACACAAGGUUUCCUGGACAGGGUCGUACUAACAGCUCGCCUGCAGCAACACCGAACUUGUCAAGCCAGCCGCAGAGAAAGCCGUUGGUCCCGCACUCCAAGUCCUACAUCACCCCAGCGCCAAAAGCAGAGCCCGCGCAAGGCGCAAGUAUGGCAGACAUAAUAGGACAGCAAAGGCGCGAGCAGGAGCUGGUCAAGGAGGCUGUCGCGAAAAGGUCUCUCCAGGAGAUUCAACAAGAACAAGCGUUUCAAGAGUGGUGGGAUCAAGAGAGCCGUCGUGCACAAGAGGAGGAACAGCGCAGAAAAGCCAGGGGCAACGACAAAAGCGCAGUCGCAAAUAGACGGGGCCGCAAGGGGGUUAGGGACAGGACAGGCAAGGCGCCAGACUCUCCAGCCACAGGCGAGCAGGCAGCUGGGAGAGGUUCCAGCGGUAAGAGCAUCAAGGGCAAGGGAAACAAAGGCUGAGGCUUGCUUUUGCAUACAGUUUUGCAACUCGAAUUUACUGUAUAGAUCGAUGCGAUUAACAAGGCGUUGGAGGAAUAGCGACUGGCGGACCAAUGUCCAUGGUAUGUAUCGUUUUGCGCGGAGCGCUCGGUUGGGAUACCUUGGGAAUAGAGACAGGAAACUAUAUCUGCAAGCCAUGGUAGGCAAGUAUUGAUGAUGUACACGCAAGGUUUGUCCGCGGUGUCUGAGAGUCGGUGAGGGGCAGAAGCCUUGCAAUCCCAAGUUGUCACGUAUCGUCAUACAGCCAAAGAUCUUGAUUAUGGAAUGGCGUACGGGUCAUGUUCAAGGGAUGAACAGGCAGCCUUAUGUCAAGCGCAGUACACCGAAUGACCCAGCGUCAAGAAUCUAGGCAUCGUUGUGCGUGGCUGCGGCAAAGUGCUCUACGGGCCGCCACAAGCCACUCGCGAUGAGCCUGAAGGCCCG